CGUGGAUGCACUAAGCCUCGAAAUUGACCGUAUUUUCAGUAAUUUAAGGGUUUCAUUCAUUCAAUGCUGUUCGCUUAAGGUAUCGACGAAUACAAUUAAACCCUACAUCUUCAAAAACUCGGACAUUUCUCUGGAACCUGUUUAAGGCCCACGUACUACGCCUCAGAUCGGACCAGCAUUCCGAGUGUCUUCCACCAUGAGCCCCUCUAUAUACUAGGCAAACACGACGACUGUUCGAAAUUCCAAUAAAAUCGUGUUUGCCUUACUGUCACUCCAACAAAAGCUCGACAUGGAUUGAUUGCUGGGCAUCAGCGCCGCAUCUAAUUCUUCUGCAAUGGCUACAAAAUACGAAGAAGUGGCUGAAAUCGGAACCGGAGCGUUUGGAACCGUCUACAAGGCAAGAGAUCUGUUGAACGAUGGCCAGUUCGUAGCACUAAAGAGAGUUCGCAUUAUCAACACCGAAGACGGUAUCCCACUCUCUACCAUCCGAGAGAUCGCCUUAUUAAAACAGAUUGAUCACUGUGCUCAUCCGAAUGUUGUUAGACUACUAGACAUCUUUCAUAUUCCCAUGGUCUUGCUCAAGGAAACACAUCUUAAUCUGGUGUUUGAGCAUGUUGAACAAGACCUUGCUGCUUACAUCGAUGAAUGCCCUUCACCAGGAAUAAGUGAAUGGAAAGCAAAAGAUAUUUCUUACCAGCUUCUCAAUGGGGUGGAUUUCUUACACACACAUCGCAUAGUUCACCGCGACCUUAAACCACAAAAUAUUCUCAUUACGAAAGAAGGACAAGUCAAGAUUGCUGACUUUGGACUUGCAAGAGUUUACAAGGAUGCCAUGGCUCUGACGUCUGUGGUCGUUACAUUGUGGUAUAGAGCACCUGAAGUCUUGCUACAGUCUAGUUAUGCUACGGCAGUCGACAUAUGGAGCGUGGCAUGCAUAAUGGCCGAGUUGUACAACAGAACUCCCUUGUUUGAGGGAAAGUCAGAAAUGAAUCAGUUAGUCAAGAUUUUUAGUGUAAUAGGAUUACCACCUCAAGCAGAUUGGCCACAAGGGGUCUCAAUACCAUGGCUGUCAUUCCACAAGUACACUCCUGAACCUCUUGAAAACUUAAUCCCAGAAAUGUGUCCAGAAGGCUUUGAUCUAAUGAAGAAAAUGCUGGUGUUCAACUCAAAGAGUAGGCCAACAGCUUGUGAAUCAAUGCAGCACCCAUACUUUCAGGAGCUUCAAGAAAACGACAAAGAGAAUUCACAAAGUAACUCAAACACAAAAAGCCAUUGACAUGGCCAGAUGACAGACAGUCAGGCAGAGGGACAGACACUUCCAUGAAUGGAUGAAUAUUGACAGUGAGUGAAAUAGUGUCUUGAACAACAUUAUCCCUACAUUGUACAAAGUGUGCGUAAGGAACGGGAUACUAAGAGUGACCAAAAAAGUAACAAUCUAACAGUUUCAUGAAGGGUAUAAAUGUGUUCCUGCGUGAUAGUUAUCUUAUUAAAUUAGAGUAUUUGCAGUUUUUAUUAUUAAUAGAGUGUUAUUUAUUAUAAUUAUCAAAACUUGAUUUAACGAAAACUUAAGUGUGAUUAUUUCGUUGCUAUUUUCCUGAUAUAAGUGCAUAUGGUUUUGCUAUUUUGCCUUAAAAGCAACCCCAAUAAUAUUAUCAAAUACUAGAAAGACAGAAAAAUGGGGAAAACUUAUUUGAGGUUUGGAUCCAUUCUUAUUUUAGGGAAUUUAGUAACCAAAUGCAUUAAGUCAUUUAAAGGUGCUUUUAUAUGAGACAGUGUUCCUUGCAACUUGUCUUGCGAUUUCACUUUAAGUUCAAUUAAUUGCACGAGCUUCAAGUAGCAUACCAAAAGCUUCUCUCGCAAUAAGUAUGGAUGCCACUAUCACUAAAAGAAAUAUGAGAUCAUAUUGCUUGCGCACAUUAAUUGCAACACUGAAACAUUCGCUGUUAGAGCAACUGCAUGGCACAACAGAUUGGAACGUAAGAAAAGUUACAAUGAACAUUGGCUAGUCUAAAUAAAGCACCUUAAACCAAGUGUGACACAACUUGUCAUUACCACAAGUUAACAAAAAAUUGAGUGUACAUGAUUUUUAUUAAGAUUAAAUAAUCUUUAGUCAAAUCAAUUUAAUAUUUAGUUUCAAAAGUGUUGAUCAAAUGAUUUUUUAUUGGAGAGUAUUAUUUUUAUUGCGUGUUUUAUAUGAUACUAGGUCAGUUUUUUUACCAAAUGUGUAUUUAUAACUUUAAAAAAGUCAAUGGAAGUCAGUGUUAUAUUUUGGUAAUAAUCCAGUUAUAAAACUCAUCAAAGUUCAGUUCCUCUUUAGCUUGGGCACAAUGUUUUCCCAUUUCAGACCAUGUGUCGUUCUCUUGAGAGUAAGAUUCUUUAUUUGACCUAUAUGCAUGUUUGUGUCUCUUCUUGUGUGGAAAAUCACAAGCUAUGGGAGACUUUGAUUAGGUUUCACAGUAGCAAAAUUUCAUGUAUACUAAAGGGUAAUUCUAUGGGAGGUUUACUUUUUGUGGGUUCUCCUGAAUCUUGUCAAGGAAUGCCUCUAUGCCUUUAAAAUGUGAGAAAUUUAUAGCAUCUCUGAUAAUGAUAAAUAUUUUUGUCACCACUAAAAUCACAAACCUUUGGCACAUGUAACAUUGAUUCUUGGGGGCCAACACACCCUCAACCAAAUGAAUCUAGAUACAACACUAGAAAAAUAUAAGAAUAACCCGUAAUGGAUUUUCAAAAUUGUAGACAUGAGUAUCUAGACAGGAGGGUACGCACUUAGUGUAGACACCCAAAGUAUUCCGAUAGGCACACCCAACAAGAUUAUACAUACUUUUAUGGUAACCCACAUUUUACUUGCAGCGAGCACAAUCGAACCUUGAACACUUUGAGUUUUUUUCAGGUUAUUGUAUUUCCCAAACUUUGUACCGUUUCAAGCUCUUCAAAAUGAAGCAAACAGUUGAAAUACAUGGAGUGACCCAUUUCAAGGGAUCAUUUACUAAUAACAGUAUGCAUUUUGAAAAGGUGACAAAAAAUUGAAGUGUUCACGGUCCGAGUGUCCUCACUGUAGUAUUACUAGGAAGCCUGUUUUCUAGGCUUUAUUUUUUACUUUUAAUUAAUAUUAUCCCUGCUAGAGUUUUGAUAUAUUGAAUGUGGCAUAUUGGCAUUAACAUUUAAAAUAGGUAUGUAUAUAUCAUCAUCAUCAUAUUAGUAUAGUAACUUAACAUUUAAGCAGUUCUGAAUCGAUGGUUACAGCCCAUUGAUACCUAGUAUAUAAGCAUUAACUCUGGAAAUGUAAACUUCAAAAACUUUCUUGGAACCCAAGAACUUAUCAGUAACUGAAUUAUUGAUGUCAGUGUUUAGAAUAUCGUAACUUUGACGAAGAGAAUUACUCUUACAAAACAUGAUCUUGAAUAAUAAUUUCUCUUGAUAGUUUCUAUUUUUUCUAAUUCAUGUAACCUACCUCCCCCUACAGAGGAAGAUAUUUAGAUACCCCCUCUACCUACCCGGAAAUUCAAUGGCCAUACAAACUCUGUAAUUUUGUUCCUUCUUUGACCCCCCUACCCCUUGGAUAGUCCAACUUCCUCUGUGGGGGGGAGGGUAUGGAUAAUUUCUGGAACUACACAUUCAUAUGUGUAGUAUUUGUACAUGUAUGUUUCUGUAUGGAUUGGUAUUGUUAAUUCCUAAUUAGGCUGCAUUCAUAAUGUAUGGCAGAGGGGUUGGGGGUAGGUGAAAUCUUUAUAUGACAAAAAAAUUCUUAAGACCCCCCUUGAAGUUCCCCAAAAAAUAACUAUCCCCCCGGGUAAUCUCUCGUAGCUUCUUCUAAAAAUUUUCCAUCCCUCCAAUUCUCUGAAAAAAAUUUUCAAACCUCCCCAUUUUACUGGUAAACAUUUUUCUGAUCCCCACUAAAUUUCACCUGCCCUCCCCCCUUAUAAUAACUAUAAAUAGUAAGCAUAUUACCUCAAAACCAUUAGCUUACUGUUGUACUAUUAAACAAGACCCCAUUUUCAAGUGACAAGUGGUAAUCCAUGGAAUGGCAUUAGAAAGUGCUGAAUAAUCGUUUCAACUCCUACCAUUAAGAAAAUUAUCUAUACAUGAUACACAUGACAAAAGAGUGACCCUGACCAUAUUGUAUAAGGAAUAGAUGUGUUUGUCUCAUUUUAGUAUGUAACAUCAAAUUCCAUAAUCAACUUUGAGUGUGUAAUAAAGUGUGGAGAAAGGUUCGUUGAAUAAAAAUAAUUCAAAAUUA